UUUUUAUCACUUCUCUCUCUCUCUUCUGCUCUUGUGUCGCUCUGCGAGUGCACUCUUUUCUGCGUUCUAGGGUUUUUGGAUUUUUUUGGGGAGGGAGAGGUGUUGAUCAUGGCGUCGAUGUCCUCACCGGAUCCCGGACCUAAGGCGGAGGAGGGAUGCGGCGGCGGAGGAGGCGGAGGAGGAGAGAGCUCGGAGACUGUGCCUGUGAACGAUCAGCUGUUGCUGUACAGAGGUUUUAAGAAGGCAAAAAAGGAGAGAGGAUGCACAGCCAAAGAGCGUAUCAGCCAAAUGCCUCCUUCUACCGCCGGCAAACGGAGCUCCAUAUACCGUGGAGUCACCAGGCAUAGGUGGACAGGUCGUUAUGAAGCCCACCUUUGGGAUAAAAGUACCUGGAACCAGAACCAGAAUAAGAAGGGAAAACAAGUUUAUUUAGGAGCAUAUGAUGAUGAAGAGGCUGCAGCUAGAGCUUACGACCUUGCUGCCUUAAAAUAUUGGGGACCUGGGACACUUAUAAAUUUUCCGGUGACUGAUUAUGCAAGAGAUCUUGAAGAAAUGCAAAAUGUCUCAAGGGAAGAAUACCUUGCGUCUCUUCGAAGAAAAAGCAGUGGUUUUUCAAGGGGAAUUGCAAAAUAUAGAGGGCUUCCAAGCCGAUGGGAUGCAUCAGCCAGUCGCAUGCCUGGACCUGAAUACUUAAGCAAUAUUCACUAUGGGGCAGGUGAUGAUCGAGCGACAGAAGGCGACUUUCUAGGUAGCUUUUGUCUCGAAAGGAAGAUCGAUCUAACAGGAUAUAUCAAGUGGUGGGGGGUCAACAAAACCCGUCAACCAGAAUCUUCGUCAAGAGCAUCGGAAGAUACAAAGCUUGAAGACAUUGGUCGUGAGCUUAAAACACUGGAGCAGGCAUCCCAAGCAACAGAACCAUACAAAGCGCCAAGCUUGGGCAUCAUCCCACCUGACAAGAGGAAAGAGAGUUCAUCAUCAUCAUGGUCAUCAUCAUCAUCUGCCUUGAGCAUCUUGUCCCAGUCGCCUGCCUACAAGAAUCUCCAGGAGAAGGUACUGAAAAUCCAAGAGAACACUGGAGAAAAUGACGAGAACACAAACCAGAACAUCGCCAACAGGGAUAAUAAUAAGAGUUAUGGCAAGGCGGCAGCCGAGAAACCAGUCACUCAUGGAGUUGCGUUAAGCAUGUAUCCGAUUACUUCUCUCCUCUCUGCGCCAUUGCUCACCAACUACAAUGCCUUAGAUCCUCUCACAGAUCCUAUUCUAUGGACACCCUUCGCACCUCUUCUUCCAGCAGGAUCAUCGCAUAAUUCCGAGGUGACGAAGACAGAGACGAGUUGUUCCACUUACAGUUACCUUCCACCAGAUAAGUGAGCCUUUUCCUCUAUAGAAUGUGAAGAGAGACUUAUUUAUAUUCCGACCAAUGUACAUACACGUGGCAUAUAGAUUUGGUUUUUACCCCA